UCAGUAGGUUACAUGGGUGAAGUUUCAAGUUUGAGAUGAAAGAUCCGUGAAACAAUCCGGAGCAAUCUCUCAGGAAUUGAGGUAUAACCUCUUAGGGCGCGAGGUAUAACCUCUUAGGGCGUGUGGAAUAGCGUAAGAUCAAGAUCGGGGCGAGGGGCCCUCUGUUGGGACGUGGGGCCGGGUUUGGAAUGACCAAAGAUUGGGAUGUGGGGCCGGCCCUCUGUUGAGACGUGGGGCUGCGUUGGGAAUGACAAAAGAUCAAGAUCGGGACGUGGGGCCCUUGGGAUUGGGAAUGACAAAAGAUCAAGAUCGGGACGUGGGGCCCUUGGGGUUGAGAAUGACGAAAGAUAGUGGAAUUUAAAUGGUUUUUUUAUUGGCAAAAAUUAAUUUUAAUGUUUUUUUUUUAAAUUAAAAAAAUUUAAAUUUGAUUAUAUUAGUAGAAUUUUCAUUAAGUUUAAGUAUAUAAAUAUUAAUUUGCUAAAUUAAAUUAAAUAUUUAAAAAAUAGUUGGGAGAGGAUGACGUGGAAAGAUAUGAUCACAGAAAAUCAGAUUACGGCGCACACGAUUGACUCUCCAAUUUCUGUGGCUCAGAAGCCUUCACCCUUCACCCUCGGCAACUCGGACCGAUUUGAGCUUCGUCGCUCUAAGCUUCGCCGUGAAUCAACGACCGGAGCUUCGUCGCUCUCAACCUCGCUAAGAACAGCGAAAUUGAAACUUCAUGUAAGAAAGGGGGGGAAAGGAGAAGUUGAAAGAGUAGUAAACCGGUUUCCAUGGAGAGUACACUUCUUCCCUGCAAAGCCGCGCCAAAAAUCCCUGAAAUCCCGCAUAGACCACCGCAAAAGCUGAAAACUCCCCCCGGCAAAACAGUGCCCUAUGUCACUGAUUACCAGUUGCACCAUCUCUGCGUAAACGGACGCCUCAGGGAAGCUAUAACUGCUCUGGACACCAUAUCCCAAUGCGGCUCCAAGGUAAACCCAGGAACUCUCUCGCGCUUAAUCGAUGCUUGCGUUGAUUCACAGUCAAUACAUUUGGGCCGUAAACUGCACAGCUGCAUAGAAUACGUACUCGAAGAUGCAAUCCCGUUUAUUGAAACAAAAUUGAUCGGCAUGUACGCUAAAUGCGGGUCUAUAACAGAUGCAUAUAAGGUGUUCGACGGAAUGCGUAGCAGAGACUUGUUUACUUGGUCCGCGAUGAUCGGUGCGUGUUUUAGAGAAAGCAGGUGGAUUGAAGUUGUAGAGCUUUUUUAUUCAAUGAUGAGGGAUGGUGUUGUCCCCGACGGUUUUUUGUUUCCCAAGAUUUUAAAAGCCUGUGGGAAGUGUGGGGAUGUUGAGACUGGGAGGUUGAUACACUCUAUAGUGCUUCGGCUAGGAAUGGAUAUGGAAAUUCGUGUGAAUAAUUCGAUUCUUGCAGUUUAUGCCAAACAUGGGCGGUUAGAUUCGGCGAAGAGAGUUUUUGAUUAUAUGGAGAUUAGAGAUAUAGUUUCUUGGAAUUCCAUACUGUUGGGGUAUUGUCAGAGAGGUGAGAUUGGGGAGGUGCAGAGGUUAUUUGGAUUAAUGCAAACAGAAGGGUUUGAACCUACAGUGAUUACUUGGAAUAUUUUGAUGUCUAGCUAUAAUCAGUUGGGGAUGUGUGAUGCUGCAAUGGAGAUGAUGAGAGAGAUGGAGAGUUAUGGGACGAUUCCAGAUGUCUUCAGUUGGUCCUGCAUGAUAUCCGGGUUGGCUCAAAACAAUAGGAGCAACGAGGCAUCAGAAUUGUUCCAAGAGAUGGUUCUUAGUGGGAUUGAGCCCAAUGAAGUAUCACUUGUGAUUGCUAUAUCAGCAUGUGCUUCUCUUAAAAGUAUAAGGAAGGGGAAAGAGCUGCACUCAAUUGCUGUGAAGCUGGGAUUCGAUGAAAAUGUUGUAGUGGGAAAUUCCCUUAUUAAUAUGUACUCUAAGUGUGUUGAACUUGAGGUUGCUCGAAAAGUCUUUGAUAUGAUCACAGAGAAGGAUGUCUGGAGCUGGAAUUCCAUGAUUGGAGGAUACUGCCAAGCUGGAUACUCUGGCAAAGCCUAUGAUCUCUUUGUGAGAAUGCAGGACUCUGGUGUACCACCAAAUGUUAUCACAUGGAAUGUGAUGAUUAAUGGAUACAUGCAAAGUGGAGAUGAGGAUCAGGCCUUGGAUCUUUUCUUGGCAAUGGAAAAGGAUGGGAGUAUUCAACAGGACAUUGCAUCAUGGAAUGGUCUUAUUACUGGUUAUGUGCAAAAUGGGAAGAUAGAUGAAGCAUUGGGUAUAUUUCGGAAAAUGCUUCUCUCUCAUGUUAAACCCAAUCCAAUUACCGUGCUGAGUCUUCUACCAGCAUGUGCAAACAUAAUUGCAGCCAAAAAGGUGAAAGAGAUCCAUUGUUUUGCAUUGCGGAACUUUUUCACUUCUCACUUGUCCAUUUCUAAUGCUCUAAUAGACGCUUACUCAAAGUCUGCUAGCAUAAACUUUGCAAAAGCAAUAUUUAAUGGGAUGCAAGCCAAAGACAUCAUCUCCUGGAAUACUAUGAUUGCUGGUUAUGUUUUGCAUGGAUGUUCAAAAGAUGCUAUUGAGCUUUUUGACCAAAUGAGACAAGAAGGAUUUAAACCAGAUAGGAUUACUUUUGCAAGUUUGCUUUCAUCUUAUGGUCUUGCGAAAAUGGUUGAUGAGGGGAAGCAUAUCUUCUCUAACAUGAUAGGAGAGUAUGAAAUUAAUCCUGGCUUACACCAUUCGGUGGCUAUGAUAAAUUUAUUUGGUCGUUCAGGUAUGCUUGAAGAAGCAAUGGAGUUCAUUGAAAGUAUGGCCAUAAAGCCUGAUGUUUCUAUUUGGGAUGCCUUACUUACUGCUUCUCGAAUUCAUGGUAAUGUAAGAUUAGCAAUCCAUGCUGUGGAACGUCUGCUAGAACUGGAUCCUGGAAAUGUUGUGAUUCAUCAUUUGGGUUUACAGUUGUAUGCAUUAUGUUGUAUUUCUGAGGAUGCACUAAACAGGAAGUGGCAUGUGAAGGGAAGUUUGGCUGAAGCAUCACUUGGUUGGAGCUGCACUAUAGACAAAGACACAGUUCAUACUUUUGAUAUGUGUCACAAAAGUCAACUACAAGCUGAGAUUCUACAAUGUUUAACAAAAAAUAAUGCAUGGAAAACCACACGGUCAUAUCCUUGUAAAGGACUAUGCAUCAUGGAGGAAGAGAAAGAAGAUACAGGUUGGGUUCAUAGUGAAAAACUUGCACUUGCCUAUAACCUUAUUAACUUUCCUCAAUCCUCUGACGCUAUUAGAAUUGUCAAGAACCUGAGAAUUUGUGGUGACUGCCAUAGCAUGGCAAAGUUUAUCUCCAAGACACAUGGGCGUGAAAUAUACUUAGAUGACUCAAAGUGCUUGCACCAUAUUAAGGAUGGUUAUUGUUCCUGUAGAGACUAUUGGUAGUUAUGAGUACAUGUUAACCAUUCUUGUUUAUAAGGAUUCCGCUUUUCUGAGGGAAUCAUGGCUCUAUGGAAACAAAUUUUGUUUUUGUAUGCUAAAGGGGAUCAUCUCAAUAAAGAAAGAGGACAAAGCUCCAAAAAAGAAUUUCUCACAUCAUUCACAUGCUACGUUGCAGUAAAUAGAAGUAAGUUUCCUGCUAUUUCCUUAACUCAAAGUUCUUGUAGGUGCUGCCAAUGUAUAUAUUCUCCUUGUGCCAAUGUACAUCUGCAACCAUGUAUUGAUAUCAAGUUGGGCUCUUUUCUUGACUAUAUCUGUCUCUCAUCAGUAUUAGGAAGUCCUCUAUUUGGUCUGUGAGUUAGCCAGUUAGGAAUGGAACUAGGAAUCAAGAGCAGGGUGUUUUAAACAUGAUAUGUAUUGAAGAUGCAUAGGCAUAAAUGGUUAUAAACAUCCCAGAAA